AUGUUACAAGAAAGUAAAAUUAUCUCGAAGGAAGAUCCAACAAUCUCGAUAGCUGGUAAAUCGCAGGAAGGCGUCGCAUUGAAUGAGAGCGCACUGAGUGAGGGUGUUGAGAAAAUGAAGUUGGUAGAUAUAAAUGAGAGUGAAUACGAAAGAGUCAGACUAGAGGAAAUCAGCCUCUCAUUAAAGGAUAGAAAGAUAAAGACUUUUGGAUGGGUUACUAAAAGUACCUCUGUGAAGUCUCGAUGCUUCUUCCAUCUAUCUUCUGCAUUCUCAACAGUCAAAUGCGUUGUUGAGGGUGACCAUGGAUUUACCUUUCAAACUUCACUUACCAUCUACGGCACUGUUGUAGAGCCAGUAAAGAGAAGGGAUGAGUUUUUAUUUGAAAUUGCAGUGGAUAAAUAUGAGAUCUACAACUCAAUGCCUGCACCCACCUUUCCUUUAAAUGCACAGUCUGAAAAGGAAACAAGACUCGACAAUGGUCACUUGGCCCUGAGAAUGAAGGACAGGGAACUUUUCGUAAAGGCCAGGUCUACCUUGCUUCACCUAAUGAGGGAGUACUACUUCAAAAACAAAUACACUGAAAUUACACCACCUACUCUUGUACAGACUCAGGUUGAGGGAGGAGCAACGCUCUUUUCACUCGAUUACUAUGGAGAAAAGGCGUAUCUUACUCAGUCUUCUCAGCUGUACUUGGAGACUGUUGCACCCGUUGUAGGUAAAGCAUAUUGUAUAAUGCCAUCAUACCGCGCCGAGAAGUCUAAGACAUCUCGCCAUCUGAGUGAGUUUACCCAUGUUGAGGCAGAACUGGUGGAUGUUUCCUUUUCUGAGCUGAUGGACUCUAUUGAGGGGUUGGUGAGAUACUCCAUCACUGAGUUUUAUAAGACAAUGUUAGAGGAUAUUCAAAAGGUGGUGCCUGACUUUGUUCCAGUAACUCUGUCCGAGAAGCCUUUUAAGAAGCUAUCGUAUAGGGAUGCAAUUGAGUAUCUAAGAAGUAAGAAUCAUCUCAAACCGGAUGGCACGGCCUACGAGUACAUGGACGACAUUGCUGAUGCAUCUGAGAAAUUUAUCUGUGCGGAGUAUGGAGUGAACCAGCCAGUGUUUUUAACGCACUUUCCGCAUGCACUAAAGUCGUUCUACAUGAAGAAGAUUGAUGGGGAUCUGACUGAAAGUUGCGACUUGCUCUUUCCAGCCGUGGGUGAGACUGUUGGUGGUUCUAUGAGGCUUGAUAACUACCAGCAACUUGUAGAUGCAUUCAAAAACGAGGGCAUUGCUCCUGGUCCAUACUAUUGGUAUUUGGACAUGGCCAGAUACGGUCCAUCGAAGCAUGGAGGAUAUGGCUUGGGAUUUGAAAGAUUGCUAAUGGCCUUGAUGAAGUACAAGAAUGUAGAUGAGUCGUGCAUUUACCCCAGGAAAGUGUCGAGGUGUCAACCAUAA